AUGAAGCGGCUGCUGCUUGGCGUGCUGCUGUUCCACCUCGCCGUGCACGGUGAGUGGCUGGGCAGUCCGCAGGGCCAGCCUCAGGCCGGGUCGCCGUCCACGCCGGGCCCGGCCAGCAACGGCACCAACACCAUCACCACCUCGGGCAAGCACCGCAACCGUGGCUGGAGAGACUGGCGCAAGGAGGACCCCACCCGGAGCAACUCGCUGUGGAAGAGCGUCACGCCGCUGGGCAACGCCGAGCUGUACAUCGUGUUCGCCCUGCUCAUCGGCCUGGUGACGGUGGUGAUCGGCUGCUGGCUGUCGGACAACUGCUGGUCGCCGGAGCCCGAGAUCAUUCUCCCCGCGUAGCAGAAGUCGCGGGCCGUGGCGCCCCUGCCCCUGUCCCUGCCCUGGACCACCCCGUGGACCACCCCGUGGACCACACCGUGGG